AUGCUUCAUGUUUGGAGUACUUCUGGGAAAGAGCUGGCCGCUACUCGAGCAAACGAGUUCGAGCAUGCACAGGCUCUGAAGAAGCACCUGCGUGGACUGCAUGGUUACCCCGUGUGUAUGCAGCAACUUGUGCAUAACGGAAACAUCUUGGUUGAUUACACCAAGCUGGAGGGCAAGAUGGAUCUACAGUUGGUUUUGCAGCCCAUCAACUUCAGUAACCAGACUGCACGUCUUGCCAAAGAUGAACUGGCCUGGGCUGCUCAGUGUAAUCGUGAGGACACGGUUCGCUUCUUGCUAGACGCUCGUGUCAACCACGACUGUCGUCACCAAAACGGUAUGACAGCCCUAAUGUUCGCAUGUGCCAGUGGUUGUUUGGAGGUUGUACGCUUGUUGCUCGAAGCUGGUGCUGCCCAUGAUUUGGCAAACUUUAUUGGCAAGACACCCCUCGUGCUGGCAUCCGAGAGGGGGCACUUGGAGGUUUUACGCUUGCUGUUGGAAGCCGGCUCCAGUAAGGAUUGCACAGAGCCAGGAGGCGGCAAGACAGCCCUGAUGCUUGCAUGUAACGAGGGCCACUCGGAGGUUGCACGCUUGCUGUUGGAAGCUGGUGCCAAGAAAGACUGGACAGACCGUGGUGGCAAAACAGCCCUAAUGCUCGCAUCGAAUCGUGGUGACGUGGAGGUUGUACGAGAGCUGCUGGAAGCUGGUGCUGAAAAAGAUUCUGUUGACCAUAACGGUGCGACAGCCGUGAAGCUCGCAUGCGAGGGGGCUCGCUUGGAGGUCGCACGCUUGCUGCUGACAGCUGGUGCUGCAAAAGAUUGCGUAGUCCCUGGCAGCAGGACACCCCUAAUGCUCGCAUCUGACCGAGGUCACUUAGACGUUGCACGCUUGCUGCUGGAAGCUGGUGCUGGCCAGAACUGCUGCGACCGUUUCGGCAGGACAGCCCUGAUGUAUGCCUCCAUGAGUGGUUCUUGGCAGGUUGCCAGGUUGCUCCUCGAAUCCGGUUCUGAGAAAGAUUUCCGGAAUUCUCGGGGCUGGACAGCCCUAAUGUACGCAUCCCAGAGUGGUUCCUUGGAGGUUGCACGUUUGCUCCUGGAAGAUGGUGCGGACACGAACUCGAAAACCUGUAAUGGCAUUACACCCCUAAUCCUCGCAUCUGAUAGGGGUCACUUGGAGGUGGCACGCUUGCUGCAAGAAGCUGGUGCUGACAAAAACUGGAGGGAGGACGAGCUCGGCAGGACAGCGCUGAUGUUCGCAUGUCAGCAUCGUCACUUGGAGGUUGGACGCCUGUUGCUGGAAAAUGGUGCUGACAAGAACUGCUGCGACCAUGAAGGCAUGACACCCCUAAUGCACGCGUCCAGGAGUGGUUUCUUGGAGGUUUUACGCUUGCUGUUGGAAGCUGGCUCUAAUACGGAUUGCACAGAGCGGGGCGGCAAGACAGCCCUGAUGCUUGCAUGUUACGAAGGGCACUCGGAGGUUGCACGCUUGCUACUGGAAGCUGGUGCUGAGAAAGACUGCGCAGACCGUGAUGGCAACACAGCCCUAAUGCUCGCAUCUAAAUGUGGUCACUUGCAGGUUGUACUCUUGUUGCGCGGAGCUGGUGCAAAGAAGAGGCUGCUUUGA